AUGGAACAUAAUCAGGAUAGGUACUCGCCAUCCGAUGUCUCCCUGGAGGAACACCGACCUUCGAAGCGACAACGAACAUUGGGACAGCCUGCUCGCGAAGUUGGCCUGAUGCGCAGCGUUCCAGAUGAUCAAUAUCCAGGUUUUGUCGGCAGCGCCAGUGGAAUCUUCUUCAUCAGGUCGGUGUAUAGUGCGAUCCGGCCGUCCACAGUGCCUACAGGUACUACCGCAGAAACGCCUGGGAGCGAUAUCGUGCCGGGUGAAGAUGAUCAUCUACCUCUAGUGCAGCCCAACUCUUCUGAGCGAUUAUGGCGAGACGCUGAAAUUGCGUUCAGCCAGACACCUCGCAUAUCAUUUCAAGACCUGGUCACAUUUUCUGGGAGCUAUUUCGCCAAUUGGCAUACGCUCUACCCCUUCCUACACGCGCCGACUAUGUUAGAGUACUUCGACUGCUAUGCAAAGAACGGCUUUCCUGAACAUGAUACUUCGGAAGAGCUUGAUCUGGUGAUAGUUCGAUCGAUCAUGUCCAUCUCGCUUGCAGACCAUCGACAAUCCUCUGGGCAUGGAUGUAUUCAAUACCCUGCCUGUAUCGUCUUUCCGUCAUACGAUGCCGCUGUCGAUAGCCUUCGAGCGAUUCUUUCACGUCCCACAAGCAUACUCACGCUGCAGGCCGCUCUGAGUGUGCAGCUCUUUCUAGUGUCCAUGCUCCGCUUGAACGCAGCCUCACGCAUCGGAGGGCUCAUCAUGCGCAUGGCCGUGCAGUUAGGCCUUCAUCGCUGCCCAGCUAGGUUUUCAGCUUUCACGACAAGUGCAAGAGAACUUCGGCAACGUGUAUUUUGGUCACUGUAUGCCAUCGAUCGGUUCAUUUCCCAGUCCAUGGGCCUACCGCUCGGCCUGCACGAUGACGAUAUCGACGUAUGCUUCCCAUUAGCAGAACACCACCCACAGACGCAUAUUGAGCCUUGCAUCAAACUUCGUCUGCUGCAUCUUCAAGCGCAGCAAGCUAGGUUACGCGGCGAAAUUAUAGAAUUGCGCAACAAGUCGUUACACUACGUUCAGAACGAUCCCGAUAGAGCGACCUCGAUCAUAGCCAAGCUAAGCCAGUGGUGGAAUGAUGUUGAGGACUAUAUCGAUCCGGACAGCCAAUCUGGAGCUUCUACCUACGCGAUCACUGUCUUGACACUGCUUAGACACGAGUCGAUCAUCUCGUUGUAUCGCCCAGUCUUGGCCACCUCUCGCAAAGACGUCGCAUACGACGCUGCCUUACAACAGUGCAUCAAUUCUGCGCGUAGCAUCAUCACCACUUUACACAGCGCCAUCCAGACCAAGUCUAGUAUCGGAACGAUUCAUAAUCCACUAGCUUUGUUGUGGCCCUCUUGCACAUGGGCUGUAUGGAUCAGUACAUUCAUCAUGUUUUACGCUGCUCACGAGAGCCGUAUCGCCCAUACUGUUGUCGUGAGAUUCGCAGACAAAAGCCUCGACAUACUUCAACAUCUUGGGCGACGCGGCAGCACAUGGCCUGAAGCAAGCUCGGCUGCCAUUCGUGACUUACGAGCUCGAAUACUACACAAGCCUAUCCAAGCUUUUGCUGGGCAUAGGCCAAACGUCUCUGGAGACCCUUCCAUCAUUCAUCAAAGCGAGUCGAGCCUACGUUCGGUCUUGCACGAACCUGCCAGUAAAGACGCUCCAGAUCAAAAUGAUGGUCAAGUGGUCAAUGGCGUUGUGCAUCACCACGAUACAUGGGACAAGCCAUCCAAUUCAUUAUUCACGGUUGCCACGCCCAUUCUCAAUCCUUGCUUUCAGCUCGUCAACAACAUGUCUUCAGACGCCAACAAACGCACACACUCUAUUGCGACUAUGGGCGCUGAUGGUAUUGGCCCUGAAGUUGUCAAUGCCGGCGUUCAAGUCUUGAAGAAAUUGGCACAACUAGAUGGCACAUUCAACCUGCAAUUCGAAGACUACGAUUGGAGUUCUGAGACCUACAAGAAGACUGGUCAAUACAUUCCGGAUGGAGGAUUAGAAAAGCUCAAGAAGCAUGAUGCCAUUUUAUUUGGUGCUGUAGGCGCGCCAGACGUGCCUGAUCACAUUUCCCUUUGGGGCUUGCGGCUUGCUAUCUGCCAGACUUUCCAGCAGUAUGCGAAUGUUCGGCCGACCAAGAUUUUCCGAGGAACAUCGUCGCCCUUGCGCAAUGCGGAGCAUGGUGAUCUGGAUUGGGUAAUCGUCCGAGAAAAUUCUGAAGGUGAGUACGCUGGACAAGGAGGCCGAUCGCACAAAGGCCAAAAAUGGGAGACGGCUACAGAGGUUUCCAUCUUUACUCGUCAUGGCGUGGAACGACUUAUACGCUUCGCCUUCGAAACAGCUCAGAGCAGACCAAGAAAACAGAUAACAGUGGUCACCAAGAGUAACGCGCAACGUAACGGCAUGGUUAUGUGGGACGAGAUUGCAGCUGAAGUUGCGAAAGACUUCCCCGACGUCAAGUGCGAUAAAAUGCUCGUCGACGCCAUGACGUGCCGGAUGGUUCUUGACCCAAAAUCGUUAGAUACGAUAGUAGCGACGAACUUGCACGCGGAUAUUCUUUCCGACCUGGCAGCCGCAUUGGCAGGUUCCAUCGGCAUCGCUCCUACCAGCAACCUCGAUCCCACACGCCAAAACCCGUCCAUGUUCGAACCAAUCCACGGCUCAGCUUUCGACAUUACUGGCAAGGGUGUCGCAAACCCGGUGGGAACCUUUUGGACAGCAUCUGAAAUGCUAGCAUGGCUAGGCGAGGAGCAAGCUGCGAAGAGAUUAAUGGAGAGCGUGGAAGCCAUCACUGAGCGAGGCAUUGCGACUCGCGAUCUUGGGGGCAAAGCGUCAACAAAGGAGGUGACCGAUGCGGUCUGCGCUGAGCUAGAGAGCAUGUACAGUACAAGUCAGUAG